AUGGAGGGAACAUCUACCAGAGGAGUCCUGAGUGUCCUGAGUGUCCUGGAGGUCCAAGCGAGGAGCCGGAGACAUGUCCCCCCGCAGCGGAGCCGCCUGAAGGGGCUGAGGGCGGAGGCUGAAGCCCUAAGGGUCCGGAGAGAGCAGCUGAAGACAGAGAUACAGACACAUCAGAGUCUUCAGAGACUGAGGACGUCGUUGGACAAACAGAGCACACAUGAGGAGGAGGAGGAGGACAUGGAUGAAGACUCUGAGAACUCACAGCUACUGAAGCUGAUGGCCAGACACACACAAGUGAAAGAUCUUCUACUCGCCCAUCACCUCAUCGGCGGGUACGACAUCGUCAAGACACGCCACGGCAAAGGAGUGUGCGUAUCCGUGGCGACGGCCUACGAGGGCGUCUGCCUGGAGACCUACAACCUGGAGAUGGACCUGAAGCCAACGCUGAGGAUCUGUCGCCACAACGUCCCCCCGUUCAUUCCCCUGAGCGUCCUCGCCGAGCAGAGCGACUUGCAGACGGACAUUCGGGCUUUCCUGGACACGCUCAGCCAACAUCUCAACGCCUUCGCUGGGCGCAAGCAGCAGCUGAAGCUUGUCAAGGAGCAGCACAAGACCAUCGAAGUGCUGGAGAGCAACGCCUUGUGUUCGAUACUGGUGCUGAUGUUCACUGUGCCGAAGACGAAGACCGCCAUCCUCUGCACGCUGAGCUACAGCGACCACACCACAUGUCUCCCAGCAAGAGUCCAGUUUGAAUGCAAUGUCAAGGAGAUUCUUGAGUCUUCUGAGUGGAGGAAAAACUGCGGCCUGCUCAUGGAGACUCCGCUGCACAAAGCUUUGAUGACCAUGAAGAAGAUGGGGAAUAUCGUUUAA